AUGGCUUUUACUCUUGGUAACUCCUUUCUGGCUUCACUUCUACUAAUACUUUCCUUAGCUACUUUUUCAUAUGGGAAUGGAAUAAUGCCAAGUUCAAUGGUAACUGAUGAUAUGGUAAAAAAUAUUUGCUCAAGAACCCCAAAUUCUUCUCUCUGUUUGGAUGUUGUAGAAUCUGAUCUUCGUGUGCCCGAAUCUCUUCUAGGCCUUGCCCAAUUCACCAUCGACUUGGCACAUAUAAAUGCUACGGAAACUAUCAAGCUAAUCCAAUCACUUAUCAAGCAGACAAAGAACCCUCAAUUAAAACAGCGUUACACAUUAUGUUCCCAAAAUUAUGAUAUAGCCAUUGGUGACCUUGACCAAGCCAAAACAGACUUGAGCUCUAGGGACUAUGGUGGUGUAAACGUUGAAACGACUGGUGUCUUGAAUGAAAUUCGUGAUUGCGAGGAAAGGUUCGAAGGGGCACCAGCUGAUCCUUCAAGACUUCCAAAGAGAAAUAAAGAUUUAGAAAAUAUUUGUUCUAUCAUCCUAGUCAUUUCUAAUAUUAUGUCCCAGUGA